GGCAGGAGCCGGUUUGGGGAGCGGCUGCUUGAUCCGCGUGAAUAGGGGGGCGGGUUUCCAGCGCAGUACCAGGAGAGUCCCCGGGGUUACAAAAGCCGCAGAUCGCCUUAGACUGCGAACUGGGGCCGUUCUACCUUCAAACGGCACCCGAAAAGCCUUUUGGAAUUAGUACCCUUAUUAUUUUUAUUUUCAAAAAGCAUUAUUAUUUUUGAAUGGAGUUGAUCCCGAAUCAGGGGGUGACUGCCUGUGCAACAAGAUGGGCUUUGCUGUUACCCUUGUGGGGAAGAAUAGUCGCUUGAUUUUCCAUCUCUGGUCCUUCUCGAGCUUAGGAGCCUUUAGACGGUGCAUGUAGGGAAUAAGCAUUAGCAAAGAACUGGGUUUUCAUUUUUUUAAAAAUAAUUAUUAGAUCUCUGAUUGUUACCCCCUUUUCCUUCUCUUGCGGAAGAGGUUUUAAGUCACCCGGUGGUUUCUCCCUUCGCUUUUUUUUUUUUUUUUUAAUCACUUCAAAAGGGUUGAAAAAGCACCCCAGUCCCAACCCUACGGGGCUGAGCGAGUAGCAGCCGGAGGCGGCGUGGAAUUGAAGCGCUCUCGCUGCUGGUCUGUCCGCCCGAGCUGGGAAAAUGGAGGCUGUGAUUGAGAAGGAAUGCAGUGCUCUGGGAGGGCUCUUCCAGACCAUUAUCAGCGACAUGAAGGGGAGCUAUCCAGUUUGGGAAGAUUUCAUAAACAAAGCAGGAAAGCUACAGUCCCAGCUUCGGACUACAGUAGUAGCAGCAGCUGCCUUCUUGGAUGCCUUUCAGAAAGUGGCUGACAUGGCUACCAACACACGUGGUGGUACCAGAGAAAUUGGGUCGGCCCUGACCAGGAUGUGUAUGAGGCACCGAAGCAUAGAGACCAAACUGAGACAGUUCUCUAGUGCUUUAAUUGAUUGCCUGAUAAACCCACUUCAAGAACAAAUGGAAGAAUGGAAGAAAGUGGCCAACCAGCUGGAUAAAGACCAUGCAAAAGAGUACAAGAAAGCCCGCCAAGAGAUAAAAAAGAAGUCCUCAGAUACAUUAAAACUUCAGAAGAAAGCCAAAAAAGCUGAAACUGUGGGAAGAGGAGAUAUCCAGCCCCAGUUGGACAGCGCAUUGCAAGAUGUCAAUGAUAAAUACCUUCUCCUUGAAGAAACUGAAAAACAGGCAGUCAGAAAGGCCCUGAUUGAGGAGCGUGGCCGAUUCUGUGCCUUCAUCUCUAUGCUACGGCCAGUGAUUGAAGAAGAAAUCUCCAUGUUAGGGGAAAUAACUCAUCUACAGACCAUAUCUGAAGAUCUAAAGAGCCUCACUAUGGAUCCCCACAAAUUGCCAUCAUCAAGUGAACAGGUAAUCCUGGAUUUAAAAGGUUCUGAUUAUAGUUGGUCCUACCAGACUCCUCCAUCUUCUCCCAGUACAACCAUGUCCAGAAAAUCAAGUGUUUGCAGCAGCCUGAACAGUGUCAACAGCAGCGACUCCCGCUCCAGUGGGUCACACUCUCAUUCCCCCAGUUCCCAUUAUCGCUACCGAAGCUCCAAUCUGCCCCAGCAGGCUCCCAUGAGGCUGUCGAGCGUGUCCUCCCACGACUCGGGAUUCAUAUCCCAGGAUGCCUUCCAGUCCAAGUCACCAUCGCCAAUGCCACCGGAAACUCCCAACCAGUUGUCUAACGGGUUUUAUCACUAUAGUUUACCAAGUGAGCCCCAUGUAGCAUCAGUGGGUGCAGGUCUUUAUCCUCAUUGCCUGCCUGCCUCCCGUCUGUGCCCUCGGGCGACCUCUGCCCUCCUUCCAGACUACGUUCAUUAUUACACCAUUGGGCCGGGCAUGUUACCGUCAUCUAAGAUCCCUAGCUGGAAGGACUGGGCUAAGCCAGGCCCGUACGACCAGCCUGUGGCAAACACCUUACAACGCCGCAAGGAGAAGCGUGAGCCGGACACCAAUGGAGGACCCCCCGGCAUGCCACCCAUACCCACAGAGGAGGCGCAGAGGCCUCGGAGUAUGACCGUUUCGGCUGCCACCAGGCCUGGAGAAGAGAUGGAGGCCUGUGAGGAGCUCGCACUGGCCCUCACCCGGGGCCUGCAGCUCGACCCCCAGAGGAGCAGCCGGGACUCCCUGCAGUGUUCCAGCGGAUACAGCACCCAGACGACCACCCCGUGCUGUUCAGAGGACACCAUCCCCUCCCAAGUUUCAGAUUAUGAUUAUUUCUCUGUAAGUGGUGACCAGGAGACAGAACAGCAGGAGUUUGACAAAUCCUCUACCAUUCCGAGAAACAGUGACAUUAGCCAGUCCUAUCGCAGGAUGUUUCAGGCCAAACGCCCAGCUUCAACUGCUGGUCUCCCCACUACCUUAGGACCUGUGAUAGUUACACCCGGUGUAGCAACCAUCAGACGGACCCCUUCUACUAAGCCUUCUGUACGAAGGGGAACCAUCGGGGCUGGACCCAUUCCCAUCAAGACUCCUGUGAUUCCUGUCAAAACCCCGACCGUCCCUGACCUGCCGGGUGUGCUGCCGAGUCCUCAGGGCGGGACGGAGGGGCAUGGAGAACACAGCCCCGAGUCGCCUUCUGUGGGGGAUACCGCCCAGGGCGGUACCCACAUGCCCUCCUCCCUGUGGAGCGGUCAGGCCUCUGUCAACCCGCCACUGCCAGGCCCGAAGCCAAGUGUCCCAGAGGAGCAGAGACACAGUGUCCCGGAGAUGGAGGAUGAAGAAACAGAAGGGGAUCAUUCAAGUGCCACUAGCUCCCCUGGUCAGACCCCGGAGUGCAGCCAUGCAGGAGACUUGAGCCCUGGGGAUACCCUGCAAGGUGAAGAUAUGCUGAAUGCCAUUCGCCGCGGUGUGAAACUGAAGAAGACGCUGACCAAUGACCGGUCGGCCCCUCGCUUAUCUUAAGGUUUCUAAGCAUACUGCCAGGGUUAUGGUGAAUGGAAAAUGAACUGUUUAAUAAAACCUAAAUUUGUUUUGAUUCAUUCCAAUCUAUAAUCAAACAAAAGAUUUUGUAGAAAACUCAGAAGUAGAACAUUGUUUUGAAAAGUACUAUAUAUCAUAAAACACAGAGAAUUAAAAACACAUGCAUAAGUAACCAUCAUAAUCUUUAUUGGUGUUUUAAUUUGUAAAUAUUGACAACUUUCUGCAUAUUUUGUUCUUAAGUUUCCCUUUUAAUUUUUCUGAAGGUGCCAAAUCCCAUAACUUUUUUAUAAGCCUUUGUAAAAUUUUAAAUGCAUAACAGGGAGGGGGGAGGGGAGUUGGGGGAGAAUCAUAAAGUAGCAAACUUAAGCAAAGGGAUUAAUAAUUGGCUUUUUUGCAAGCUUUUGUAGAUGCAUUGUGAUAGUGUGGUUUCAAUAAAUUGGACUUAUUUUAAUGUACAAAUAAAAUGGGUAACAAACAUGUCCUCAUUUAAAUAUGUUUUGUGUGGAAAAGCAGGAGUAACUGGACGAAAAGCAAUAUAAUGGAUGAAAGAAGCCGGAAAUGCUUGGGUUGAGGGAGGAAGUCAGGGUGGGAAAUGCCAGUAACCCAGCAGAUGCUAUUCCCUGAGAGUAAGCACGUCAGUUGAAUCACCGUUAGCCUCAUGGCCAACGCCUCUGGCGCCAUGCUGGAUUGCAGGGUUUAGGUAGCGUGUGUUUAGGGACUUCACUGUUUUUUUUUCUCGUGUUUCCUCUUGAUCUCACACAGCAGCCACUCCUAGUCAUAUGCAUGCCGCUUCAAUAGUGUACGUAGAUUGAUUUACUCAGUUUUCUCUUCAGUAGUGCUCAUGCUUUCAUUGAGUCCAAAUACAUCCAAAAGGGUAAGGCAGUUCUGAACAUGUGAAGGAAAGCAUUUACAAAUGGCAGCAGGGAGUUCUUAGGUAGUAUAAAAUGCUUUUUAUGUACAAGUGCCCAGCAGGCUGGGUACAUGGAGAAGCCCAAAUAUUUUGAGAAUACUUGAGUGGAUUUAGCAAGGGUGACCAGCCUGGAGUCUAGCAACUUGCAAAAGGGUGUGUUCCAUUUCAGGGGGCUUGUUUUUCUUAGAUGGUGAAUUGGCUUCAUACGAAAUACCGAAAAGGGAAGAUGCAUUUAUUGUCAUUGGGAGUCUGACCACUACACUGUCUUUUUUGUAUUCUGGGUGAUGUAUUUUUUUGGAAUGUUCUUUCUUAAUUAAAAAACUUUUUUGAGUUUUGUUUUGUUUUACAAGUGAAACCAAUUUGCUGUAAUAACCAUCUUUUAAAGCCAGCGAGGUAGGCAGAACUCAGAGGGCCGCAGGAGUGGGGUUUAGACUAGGUUGGAAGCAGGAGAGGUUUGUCAGUUAUUCAAGUUGCACACUUGAGACUGUUGACAGUCACCAGAUGAAGUUCUCAAAGGGGGCUGCUGGUUUCCACCCAAACACUGUAGCCUUUGUUGGCUCCAAUAUCUGACUACAUGAUCAUAUGCUUUAAUACAUUACUGCACUGGAUGUGAGACUUAAUGUAUUUGUACAGUCACUGUUCUAUAAUAACACUUACACUGCUGUGAUUGCUUCUGACACUUUUAUGUUAUGGCUUAAAGCAAAGGCAUGGUUAUUAGAAACUAUUUAAACUUUACUUUCUUUGAAAAACAAGCUCCUUAUUACAGAAUAUAAUCAACAGUAGUGCCUGUGGUUCUAGCCCACCAAUCUUGAUUGAUUAAAAGUAGCUGAUGCAUUGUGCAUAUGAUGCUUAAUAGGUUUUGCUGAAGCAAAAACCAUUGCAAGAGAAUGAACAUAGUAAAGUGGUAUUUUAAACCUUGGAAAUGAAUGGAUGUAACUGUACCGGAGUACAGCUUUUCACUUGUUUAGUUCUUAAACGUUAGUAUAAUCUGAAUAAAAUUUAAUAUAAAUUGUUGCCAAAUUCAGCGUAGAAAGAAUGUGACAAAACACUUUGGAUAGUUCUACUGUUUUGUGUUUUUGCAUAUUGUAAAAGCAGUGUCACAGCUAAAAAUUUAAAAAAAGUUUCUAAUGGUAUAAAUUAUUGUUGUUUAGUUGCUAGUUUGUACUGAGAGUUGAUCUCUCUCCCUGUGCAGUUUUUUGUUCUCAACUGAUAUAAAUGAACAGUUGCUGUAUCGUGUCACUCUUUUCCAUUGUAACAAAUGCUUCAGAAUACAUUAUAAAUAAAGAAUGGCUAGAAAAA